UUAAGAGAUUAGUUAAUUUAAAAUAGUUCAAUUAAAGUGCAAGCCAAAAUGAGUACCUCUAAAAUGCGCAACAUCCUGACAAUCGGCGCAACGGCUAUCAGCGCCUUUUACUUGGGCACCUACACUAACCGCCUGCAGAAUAAAGACGACGCAACGGAAGAGGGCAUAUGUCGCUUACCGGGGCUGCCCUUCUUCAGUACGGUUUCAGCAGCGACGCUUGUGCCGGCGACGCCUGCUCCAGGGGAGGUCAACCUUACAGCGACACCUUCACGCAUCUCCCAAAUCAUGAAAUAUGGCUUUCCAGGCCUCGACCACGUCCGUAGCCAUUCGGACUAUGUGUUGUCCUAUGAUCGGCGAAACAGGGUGCCGCACUGGGUGUUCGAGCAUAUUACAGCAGACUCCGUGGCCAAGAACGAUGCUGUUGAUCGCUCAAAAUGUGAUUUUAGAGCGGACGAGAGCAUACAUCCCUAUUUUCGUGCCCAGAACACGGACUAUCGCCGCUCCGGCUACGAUCGAGGCCACAUGGCUGCUGCGGGCAACCAUAGACUGCAUCAGAAACAUUGUGACGAUACUUUCCUGCUGUCCAACAUGGCUCCACAAGUCGGCCAGGGCUUCAAUCGGGACUCUUGGAACAGAUUGGAAAGCUAUGUACGCAAACUCACACGCACGUAUGCGAAUGUAUAUGUCUGCACUGGUCCUUUAUAUCUGCCACACAAGGAGGAUGAUGGAAAAAUGUACGUCAAAUACGAAGUUAUUGGCCCCAACACCGUGGCAGUUCCCACACACUUUUACAAAGUUAUUGUGAGUGAGGCGGCGGACCAGAAACUGCACAUGGAGGCUUAUAUUAUGCCCAACAAGGUUAUCAGCGACGACACACCUCUCCAGGUAUUCCAAGUACCACCCGAGACAGUUGAGCGUGCUGCGGGACUGCUCUUCUUCGACCAGAUGAACAGAAAACAGCUUGUCAGCGUCAACGGCAAGAAAGUCUGAUUCCCACCCAAAAAAAAAAAAGAAUCGUUUUUAGUAAAUGUAAAUAUGUAUUAGACCAAGAGAAACCGUUUAAUGGUUUUCACUCCUUGCAGUUUGUUUCUUUUCCAAAGAAUCGUUGAUCAAUUAAAUAAACAAUUAAUACAGAUUUA